CACUCAGGACAAAGCGCAUCCGUUUCCAAUAAUUUCUUUUUGCUUUUACCAAACUUACAUUAGUACAAAAAUUUAAUUUCAAUCAUGAAGGUGUUUGUCGCUGUUCUAGUCCUGUCCGUUGCCCUAGUGCACGCAGCUCCUCAAGGUCGAACUGCGGAUUUCGACGCCACAAUUGUAUCUCAAACUUCCGACAUCCAGCCGGAUGGCAGCUUCCAGUAUGCUUUUGAAACCGGAAACGGCAUCAAGGUAGAAGACCAGGGCACCAUCAAGGAGGUUCGAGUUCCCAAGACGGAUGAAACUGGACGCACCAUUGGCGAAGAUGUCGUUCCCGUGGCCGUUCAAACCGGAUCGUUCCAGUACACCGCCCCCGAUGGACAAAUCUAUACCCUGAGGUACAUUGCCGAUGAAAAUGGAUUCCAACCGCAGGCAGAUCACCUUCCAGCAGCUCCCACUGCCUAGGGCUAGUCCAAUGCUGGUGCCAUGUUUCGUAAGAUGAAACCGCAACGUAUGAGUACAAUUCCAC